AUGCUACUACCCCUAUCGUGCAUCGUCACGGUCGUCUCUCUUUUCACAGCGGCGCUGGCGCAGCCGGUGCCGGCCAAGAACGCCAACAGUGUGCAGUUUGUACACGAGCAAAACAAAAAACGGUUUUACGACUACCAGGGCGCGGUCCUGAGAGGGGUGAACAUUGGAGGCUGGCUGGUGCUGGAGCCCUUUAUCACGCCAUCGUUGUUCGAGACGUUCCGCACGCAGGACGACAGCGACGUCGGCAUCCCCGCCGACGAGUACCACUAUUGCCAGGCGCUGGGCAGCGAGCUGGCCGCAGACCGGUUGGAACAGCACUGGAGCUCGUGGUUCACAGAACAGGACUUUGAGAACAUCUCGGCGUCGGGGUUGAACUUCGUGCGUAUCCCCAUCGGCUACUGGGCCUUCAAGACGCUGGACUCGGACCCCUACGUGACCGGCAACCAGGAGAAAUAUCUCGACCAGGCGAUCCAGUGGGCCGCUGACAACAACUUGAAGGUGUGGGUCGACCUGCACGGCGCCGCGGGCUCCCAAAACGGUUUUGACAACUCUGGUUUGCGUGACUCCUACGGCUUUCUGGAAGACAGCAACUUGAGUGUGACCAAGGAGGUGUUGCAGUACAUGCUUGAAAAAUACUCGGGAUCCGAGUACCUCGACACGGUCAUCGGUAUCGAGCUCAUCAACGAGCCGCUGGGCCCUGUCCUCGACAUGGACAAGCUCAAACAGUACUACCAGUUUGGCUACGACUACUUGCGCAACGAGCUGGGCAGUAACCAGAUCGUCGUCAUCCACGACGCCUUCCAACCAUUCAACUACUGGGACUCAACUUUGACCGACAGCGAGGGCGACUGGGGCGUGGUCCUCGACCACCACCACUACCAGGUGUUUUCCAACGGCGAGUUGCAGCGUUCCAUCGACGAGAGAAUCGCCGUAGCUUGCCAAUGGGGCUCCGGCACUCUAGACGAGGCGCACUGGACCGUUUGUGGCGAAUGGGCCGCCGCUUUGACUGAUUGUACCAAGUGGCUGAACGGGGUUGGGUUUGGUGCCCGUUACGAUGGUACUUUCACCAAGGGCAGCGACACUUCAAGCUACAUUGGUUCGUGUCAAAACAACGAGGACAUUGACUCCUGGUCCGACGAACGCAAGACAGACACCCGUAAAUUCGUGGAGGCCCAAUUGGAUGCUUUUGAGCUAAGAAACGGCUGGGUGAUCUGGACCUACAAGACCGAAAACUCUUUGGAGUGGGACUUGCAACGUUUGAUGUACAACGGUCUAUUCCCACAGCCAGUCACUGACAGACAAUUCCCUAACCAGUGUGGGUUCAGCUCUUAA